UGCUAUCUCUGUUUCUCUCUGUUUUACGUUUCCAAGUUUUCAGAUUAUGAUUUUCACCUCUUUUGCUAAUUUCUUAAAAGCUAAGAAAUCAAAGUAAGAAAAACGACGAAACCCUAAUUGGAUCGUACUCGAAAUCCCGCUAUUAAAAUCCCAAAAUCGAUCGGAAUUCAUCAACAAUUGUGAAUUGCCAUUUGUUUUCAAUCAAAGCGAACAGAUCAAUCUUGAACUCUUCAAAUUCAAUCGGAUUAAAUUUAAUUUGUAAUUUUUUUCCAUAUCAAUUGUUCGAAAUGGAUUCCAGCAAGCGAGCGGUGGAAUCGUAUAGGAGAUCACGGAUGAUCGAAGCGGCAACCUCGGAUGAAGACAAAGUAACUCCCGUUUAUAAGUUAGAUGAGAUCAGCGAGCUCUUGAGAUCGUCGCAUGUUAGUAUCGUGAAAGAGGUCUCCGAGUUUGUCUUGAAACGACUCGAUCAUAAAAGCCCCAUCGUCAAGCAAAAGACUUUGAGGCUGAUAAAAUAUGUCGUGGGAAAGUGUGGUGCGGAGUUUAGGAGAGAGAUGCAGAGGAACUCAGUGGCCAUUCGUCAGUUAUUUCAUUACAAAGGGGAACCGGAUCCUUUGAAGGGGGAUGCACUCAAUAAAGCUGUACGGGACACUGCUCAUGAGGUUAUUUCUGCUGUAUUUGCCGAGGAAAAUAAUAUCAGUAAGCCUUCGCCUUCAGAUGACCUUAACAAACGAAUUCAAGGAUUUGGGAACACAAACUUCGAAUUGCCAUCAGAUGAUAAGAAAUCAUUUCUCAGUGAGAUUGUUGGUAUUGGAUGUGCAACUUUCAAGCAGGGAAUUAGUAAUUUAACUCAGAGUCAUUCGUUGAGAAAGAAUGAUAACAGAAAUUACAAGGGUCCUACGCUUCGAAGGUCCUUGACUACAGAAAUUGACAAUUCUGAUAGGUAUGAACCAGUUGUAUUGCCCAAUGAUACUCAAGGGGUUUCCAAGAAUACUGCUAGUGGGCCUUGGGGGCAGGAUGUAAGAGAAUUCAAGGCAGAAACAAAAAAUGGGGAAUCGAGCUCAAAUUAUUCAGAGACUAAAACUCGUGUAGAGAGAUUGUUGGAAACCAUAGUGACAUCUGGUGGUGUUCGCCUACAGCCUACUCGAGAUGCCAUUCAAGCUUUCUUUCUGGAAGCUGCGAAGCUUGAUGCAUCGGCUUUAAGUCAUGCGCUUGAAUCUAAGCUUCAAUCGCUAAUAUGGCAGGUUCAAUUGAAAGCUAUGUGCGUGCUUGAGUCCAUUUUGAGGAAAAAGGAAGAUGAUCAUUUUCUAGUUGUGGCUUCUUAUUUUACUGAGAACAUAGAUGUUGUUUCAAGAUGUUCUGAGUCUCCCCAGACUUCUUUAAGAGAAAAGGCUAACAAGGUGUUGAACCUUUUGAAUAGGGAACAGAGCGGUGGUUUGGCAAUUCAUUCAGAAAAGUCUUUGAAGGCAGAGAUGACACCAGUUCAAAUGCCUGACCUGAUAGACACUGGUGAUCAGGAUGAUUACAAUGGACUAGGUAACUCCACAAAAAACCAACAUGAUCAAAAGAAUGCUAAUCCAACAGCAAAGCCACUUUUUGAUGACUUAUUUGGAGUUGGCCUGGAUGCUGGUCUCAGCACCAUGGAACAGGAAAUUGAUGACGAUUCCUUUGCAGAUGUAUCAUUUCACACUGAUGAGGGUAGAGAAAAUGCGGAUGAUCUCUUCUCUGGGAUAACUAUAAAUGAAAAAUCAGUUAUCGAAGAUAAUUAUAUGGCUGCAAAUAAAAAUUCUGAAGUAAUUGAUAUCUUUGGAAUCACUUCUAAAGCUCUGCCAGAGAAUCAAAAUAAUGAUGGUGGUGUAAUGGCUGACUUGUCGGUGAAUGAGAAUUCAUCUAAUUUGAAGCAGAAAGAAAUCUCUUCUGAGGCACACCCUGAAAAUCUAUUUUCCAAUAUCAACAAUCAUUCUAGCAGUCAAGCUUCUAAUGAUGCUUUGAGUGGUAUCCAUGGUUCUCGAGCCUCUGGGAUGAAUGCAAAUAUGAUGUUUCCUUUAGGGACCAUGCCUUAUACAGUUCAGCCUGGAAUAAUGAUGAACCCCGCCUUUUCUUCUCAACCUAUGAAUUAUGGUGCUAUGGGGAGUUUCUUUGCUCAGCAGCAAUUAGUUGCAACAAUGUCUAACUUACAACACUUCGGUAAUUAUAAUGCAAAAAACGCUGGCAUCAAUAAUGUUUCCAGUGGAUCUAAUGGAGGAUCACCUCUUCCUGAUAUAUUCCAAUCGAAUUUUACAACUCAAAUGCCUAGUUCAAUGAUAAACGGCUCAAUGAAAGAGGAGACCAGAGCAUUUGAUUUUAUUUCGGACCAUCUUGCAGCUGCUCAUGAUCCAAAAAGGACGGUUUAAG